UACUUUUCAGUGCAUAUGCAGUAUCUGUAUGAUGAAAGCGGGAGGAGAUAUUUGGAUGCAUUUGCUGGAAUCGUAACGGUGUCGUGCGGUCAUUUCCAUCCGGAGAUUCUGAAUGCAAUAGUAGAGCAAAGUAAGUUUCUCCAGCAUGCUACCACAAUUUAUCUCCAUCACGCGAUUGCUGAUUUUGCUGAGGCUUUAGCUUCCAAAAUGCCUGGAAAUCUCAAGGUUGUAUAUUUCGUGAAUUCUGGGAGUGAGCAGGGCCGGUCCUAA